CAGCGCACGCUCUAUCUUUUGCUGCUACAACGGAUCCUUUCCACAUCGACGCUACUGUUAACGUCACGCCUGUAAGCUGUGCUUGCCCAGCGCUUGCCUUCCCUGUCUUGGUCCUCUCCCCAGUAGGGCGCUAUAUUAGCGAGUGGGUGCUGAUCGCCACGAGGAGAGGAGGAAAAAAACUGGAAAACAAGACGAAAAAGAAACAAGCCGGAGAGAGGAAGGAGAAACUGCGCACCACCCCUCCUCCCUCUUACCCUCCUCGAUCAACCAGGCUACAACACCCCCACUCCUCUCAGCACCCCCUUCCAUCCCCCACCUCACUCCCCCUCUGAAGAAAUUGACGGAUUAUUGGGAAGUGCACGGGAGGCAGGCUGCAGCUGCUGCUGUGUGUGCUUGCUACGGCUGCUGUGUGCUUUGCAGGGAUGGUGUGUGUGUGCUUGCAAAUGCUGCUGUUGCCACCGCGGCUUCUGAGGAUAGAGCAUGUGGCUAGUUAAGGGAAGAAGACACUAAUCAAAGCAGUCUGUGUCGCCUUGUCUUUUCAACCCCCGACGAAGCUCUCUGGGAGAGAUAAAGGAAAAAAAUUAAGAAAUCCAAGUGGACACGACGCCACAUUGAGAUAGGAGGUAAGGGGAAAGAAGGAGGAAGAAGAGCUAUGAGACUGACCAAGUGAUUGACCGCUAAAAAGUGAACAGAGGAAUACACAGAGGAGGGGGUCUGUUUUUUUCCUGGCUUGUCAACCUUUUCUCCUAACCACUGCAAACAAAAGGCAAAGAACACUGGAAAGGACUGUGGAAUUUUCGUUCAACCUUCAGCAAUCCCACCCCCACCUACCGCUUUUUUUGUCUUUUCUGCCUUGGCAUUUGGCGCACAAAAAAUUGUGCGUGUUUGCAUGGUCGCCUGUACUAUGGAGACCUGUGUAAGGUGUCUAGCAGGGGGAUCAACUGUCGGAUUCCAAGGACAAGCAAGAGAAGAGGAGCCGACAGCAAGAAGUGAGCACGGAGGCACUGCUGCUUUGGGAGCCUGACUGGAUUCCUAUCUACAAUCUUUCUGAUUUUUCUUUCUUUUUUUUUUCCUCUUUUUUCCGAUUAAACAAGGAAGGAAAAAACAAAACAUUCACAAAGGGCCUUUCUAUUUGGAUGUGUGGAUUUACAAAAGGGCUCAUCUUGGUUAAGCUCUUUGGCACUGAUACCUGUUUUGAAAAAAGCAGAUAUUUAAAGGCUUUCUUUGCUGCUCUCGGGAUAUACAUACAUCUGAUGUGAACACCACAACUCUUUGUGAUUGCAAAAGGAGGAAAGCUAUAUAUCUCAGUUCAAGGACCUGUAAUAUUAACUUGAGGUAGGUGUCUAGUGUUUCCACCCCUCUUUGUAUCAGUUUGUAACACACUAGCCUCCCUCCUGUCAUGUAAUACAGUGUUGGUUGCUUAAUUUAUCACCAUGUCCUUCAUAUACACAUAUGUCAGAAAAGCCAGCUCUUUCUGUCCUCCAUCUCCUUCUGUCCCAGAGCACAGCUCAUGGAAAUAAAAGCAGUGCUUAACUGAGGAUAGGUCAAGUCCUCUAGCCCAUAAGUAAGCACCCCAAACCCACAAUUCUUUUUGUCCUAUUCAGUUACCUUAACCACUUAACUCUGGUUCCUAUAAAACUACCAACAACCGACCAGCUACUUUUCCUGUUCCCAAAGCCCCUAAACGACAUCCCCAACACCCCCAUCCUCCCCCCCAGAUGAUGCUGAAUUAUGAACGUGCCACAUCAUGAGUCUCCUGGGGCGGGUAGCUGUGCAUCGCGCCAGGAAAGCCGCCCUGCUCUGUGUAGUCUUCCUGAUGGCGCGAGCGUGGAGCAGCGCCUCCCUGGCCUUGGCGGGGGCGGCGGUGUCUCAAGGACCCCAGGGCUGUCCACCGCAGUGUUCCUGCAGUAAUCAGCAGGGGAAAGUGGUGUGCACCCGACGCGGUCUCACACGUGUACCCCCUGGCAUUCCUGCCAACACGCGACAUCUCAAUCUAAUGGAAAACGCCAUCGAGGCGGUGCAGGCUGACUCCUUCCGCCACCUGCACCACCUUGAGGUGCUCCAGCUUGGGCGAAAUGCCAUACGGCAGAUUGAGGUGGGCGCGUUUAAUGGACUUACCAGUCUCAACACAUUGGAGUUGUUUGACAACCGGCUGACAGUGGUACCCAGUGGGGCUUUUGAAUACCUGUCUAAACUACGAGAACUGUGGCUAAGGAACAACCCCAUUGAGAGCAUCCCCUCCUAUGCCUUCAACAGGGUGCCCUCCCUCAUGCGACUGGACCUAGGAGAGUUAAGGAAACUGGAGUACAUCUCAGAAGGAGCUUUUGAGGGCCUACAAAACCUCAAGUACCUCAACCUGGGCAUGUGCAACAUUAAAGGUGAUAUGCCAAACCUAAGUCCCCUCAAAGGCCUGGAGGAACUUGAGAUCUCUGAAAAUCUCUUCCCACAGAUAAAGCCAGGCUCCUUCAAAGGCCUGCGCUCACUCAAAAAGUUAUGGGUGAUGAACUCACAAAUCACAGUGAUAGAGCGCAAUGCCUUUGAUGACCUUUCCUCAUUGGUGGAGCUUAAUCUCGCCCAUAAUAAUCUGAGCUCUGUGCCACAUGAUCUGUUCUCCCCGCUCAGGUACUUAGUGGAGCUCCAUCUCCACCAUAACCCAUGGAACUGUGGCUGUGAGGCUGUAUGGUUAGCACGCUGGCUAAGGGAAUACAUCCCAACAAACUCAACUUGCUGCGGACGCUGUCACUCACCUGCCAGCAUGAGAGGUCGGCAGCUGGUUGAAGUUGACAGAGGUGAAGGUGCUGCAGCCCAGUGUUCUGCGCCAUUCAUUGCUGAUGCCCCAAGGGACUUGAAUAUCUCAGCAGGACGAGUGGCCGAGCUUCGUUGCCGCACAGCCCCAAUGUCUUCAGUGCGCUGGCUCCUACCCAAUGGGACUAUCUUGACACAUGCCUCUAGUCACCUAAGAAUAUCAGUCCUUAAUGAUGGUACCCUCAAUUUCUCAAAUGUCUUGGUAGCCGACACAGGCACUUACACCUGCAUGGUGUCCAAUGCAGCUGGCAAUUCCAACGCCUCAGCCUACCUCAAUGUGAGUGCAGCUGAGCUCAAUACAUCUAAUUUGAGUUAUUUCACCACAGUGACUGUAGAGGUAUUGGGACCAACCACAGAAAUGCCCAAACCUAAAACUACCACAACCACAGCUGCUGCAGCUGGAGCUGGGGCAGCUGGAGGAGGAGGGGCAGGCCUGGGGACAACUACCACAACUGCUUCUCCAUCAGUGUUUCAGCCAGUCUUCAUCUCCACACCAACUGUACUGCUUCAAAGUACUGACAGCCCACCAGGUGCAGCCAAGACAUCUGUUGUGCCAGGAAUCAAAGGUGUCACUGGCAAGCCAGGCAAGUCUGGGCCUAGCUUGGAUGAAGUGAUGAAGACCACCAAGAUUAUCAUAGGCUGCUUUGUGGCAGUAACACUACUGGCUGCUGUCAUGCUCAUAGCCUUCUACAAACUGAGAAAGCGCCACCAGCAGAGGAGCACAGUGGCAGCUGCCCGCACAGUGGAGAUCAUCCAGGUUGAUGAGGAGGACCUUCCACCACCAGCUUCUGCAGCUCAAGAGGCGGCUCUAACAUUGCCUGAAAUCCGGGACCAUAACAGCAUACACAAACUGGAUUUUAUCAGCCACAAAACUGACUACAGUUUCCACAAACCCAAGGCUGAGUACAAACCCCAGCCUGAUUUCACCCUUCACAAGCCCAAGGCGGAGUAUACCACGUAUAAUCCGAAUAUGGACUUCAGUAGCCACAAAUCCAUCCCAGAUUACAGCACUCACAAAUCUACACCAGAUUUUAGCCUUCAUAGACCAAAGCCUGACUACAGCCCAUUUAGACAGGACUAUAACACUCACAAGCCUAAAGCAGAAUACAGCCCAUUUAAACCAGACUUUGGCACUCAUCCUAAAACUAAAACAGACUACAGCCCUUUCAAGACAGAUUACAGCACUCAUCCAAGACAGAAAUCUGACUUCAGUCCAUUCAAAAGAGAUUACAGUACUCAACCAAAACCAAAACAUGACUAUAGCCCAUUAAAAUCAGACUACAACACCCAGCCUAAACCUAGGGCUGAUUAUAGUCCAUUCAAGCCUGACUUUGGCACUCACCCAAGACCGAAAACUGAUUAUAGCCCAUUUAAGCCUGACUAUAGCACUCAGCCUAAACUGAAAACAGACUACAGUGCCCAGAGAUCUAAAACUGACAUUACUUACAAACCCAAGGACCCUUACACUCCCCAUAAGACUGCAACUGAUUACAGCGCCUUCAAGACUGAUUUCAGCCCCUACAAAGCUGAUUACAGCGCCUUCAAGUCUGACUUUAGUCCCCAUACUCAGAGACCUAAACUUGAUUACAGUCCACACAAAAUGGACUACAGCCCUCAUAAAGUGGACUACAGCACUCUUAAGCCCAAAUAUAACACCUAUAAACCAAGUGGCCAUGGAGCUAAAUGGACAGACAACAAUGUUGGGAACUCUCUGCCUCGAACCUUGCCCAGCACCAUCACAGCUAUGGCUGAACCCUUUGUCAUAAAAACUCACAACAAGGAGAAAGUACAGGAGACUCAGAUUUAAUGGGCUCCCCAGAACGAUCCCAUGCUUUUCCCCUUUUCCCACGCCCUCCUUGGGCCUUUCUUCAUAAAAUCAUGCAAUAGAAUGCACAACGAAAAAGGACAGGAACUACUUUUUUGUACAGAGUGCAAACUUAAAAAGACUGAUGAUUUCUUGUUGUACAUGCUUAUAAAUAUAUAUAAAUAUAUAUAUAUAUAUAAAUAUAUAUAUGGACAAAUUAAAACUACUACCAUGGGCUGGUGAUAGAGAAACAUAUAUUAAAAGAAAUUGAAACUAUUUUCUAACUUGUAACUUCUAUUUAAAACUGAGUUGUUUAAGAUGCUGUCUUGACUUUGACAAAUUAGGAAAGGCUUGUUUUAAAGGGGGCAUUCUGUGUGAUUUUUACACCAUGGUACAGAGAAUGCAGUGAUAAGAAAAAAAUAUUUAUACAGAGAAGCCUUUCUUUAACAAAACCGAAAAAAGGUCAGUGUCGAUCUUUACAGGUUUAUCUUGUAAAAGCACCAAGAAUUUGUACUGUGCCAAAUGUUAUAAAUGCAAUAAAAAGGAUUUUUUGAAGAAAACACA